AUAUGAAUUUUUCAAAAUUCCCAUAAUAUUUUGGCCAGGGUUGUCUGAGAAUUUUCCUAUGUCCAUAGCAUUGAAAAUUCUAAGAGGAGGGUCCCGAUAAGCCGCAAAAGGCGAGUUCGGGCGACUUUUCGAAUUAAAUUGGCGGUUGUCCUCCGAAACCGCCUGCACUUUCCCGAACUCGCCCGGAGCAUUCCCGAAAUGCAAUUCGUUGUACCAUGCGGACGACAGUUUGAAGAAGGCGCUUGAAGAGAAAAGCAGGGGCGGAUUUAGACUUCGGCCACUUCGGCACUCGCCUAAGGAGAAAUUUUGCCAAUGAGAAAAUCAUGUGUAUCUAAAUAUAGAAAUUGAUUUAAAGCAACGCAUAAUUUUUAUUAUAAGCGUUUAAUAAAAUUCCUUUGCGCCCAGGAUCCGAGGUAAUAUUCUUAUCUCCACUCAGGAGUGUUUGCCGAGGCUCGACUCUCCUUCGAUGUGCUUUGCCGAAGUACUAUGGUUCUUACGGUAGUCGAACUACAUUUUGCCGCAUUUCGCUGACUUUGUUUCUCUCGAUUCCUUUGUUUUCUGCCGUAAAAACAGUCGACUUCGGCGGCUGCCUAUGGCACUCCAGUCACAUUAAUACAGUUAUCUUAAGAUAACAAAUGUUAUCUUAAGAUAACUCUAUUAAUGUGACUUUGGAAUGCGUGCAUAUUCACAUUAAUGUUCUGAUUGUAAGAUAACUCGAGUAAUCUUAAGAUAACAAAUUAUCAGAGAAAAUAUUGUAAGAUUUCUUGAUCAUGGUAACAUUAACGACUUUUCUACCUUUGAUGUUAGCGCUAUCUUAAGUUAACUAAAGUUAUCUUAAGAUAACUAAAGUUAUCUUAAGAUUACGAGAAAACUGGAGAUUACUCAAGAACUAUGCGAAACAAAAACGCGUUUUAAACUUAAACACGCGGGAAGUACGUUCGUCCGACGAAAUCGUGCUUCCUGCUUUAUCUGAUACAUCUGCUAUGAUAGAUAGGUUAAUGAAUUUGGAUCCUGUUGUGUCAACGUCUGAGACUACACUGAUGUUUCCACCCAUGAUACCAAGGAGAACUACAGAAACAACAACAUCAAGAUAUGUACCAUAUUCCAGAGUUACAUCAAUUUCAUCAGUUGGCUCGGCUAGACAACCUAUAAGAUCAAACACAAGCACAAGAUUCGUACAAUCUUCAGCAUUCACAACUAAUUCAUCUGUUGUUUUACCUAGACAACCUACAAGGUCAAGUAUAUCAAGAUCUGUACAAUCUUCAACAGUUACAACCAAUUCAUCUGUUGGUUUACCUAGACAACCUACAAGGUCAAGUAUAUCAAGAUCUGUACAAUCUUCAACAGUUACAACCAAUUCAUCUGUUGUUCUACCUAGACAACCUACAAGGUCAAGUAUAUCAAGAUCUGUACAAUCUUCAACAAUUACAACCAAUUCAUCUGUUGUUUUACCUAGACAAGCAAUGGCAAGACACAUCUCUUCACCUGCUACCACAACUUCUACUUCUCAAUCUAGUUUAACCAUAUUGGAUAAUAUCUUACCACCAAAUUUUGAUGAAUUGGUCGAAGUUGCAACUGCUGAAAGAGAAAUUCAAAAUUUAAGAAAUUUUACAUACCAGCACAAAAGUACAAAGAGAAAAAGAACAGCAAAACCAGGUCCUGAAGUGUCAUCAAUCUAUAUUAAGUUAUAUCAUCUUCCCUGCGCGUCUGCCAAACCAAAAUAUGGUAAAGGAAACAGCGACCUAGUAAAAAGACAUUUUGACAGUGGAUAUGGAUUUGCCAGACCAUGUUAUGACAUUGUUACAAGAAAAAUUAAAAAGAUGUCAAUUAGUAUUCACUUAAAUGAAGAACAAUUUGAUGAAUUGUUACACGAGCUGUUUCCUCAUUUAGCACAAAAUUAUGGAUUUUUUACACUUUCAACUGGUGGAGUGUACCGAAAGGCUAAUAUCACUAAGCCAUCGGAUAUUAAAACCAUAAAAUACACGGGAACCCUUAUUGUGGCCAAUGCUAAUGAGUUUCCAGAACAUGGAGCCAGUACUAUUGAAACUCGCACACUGCAGGAAUCUUAUAGGAGGUUCAAUACCACUACACUGUCUUCUGAUUAUGCACUUCAACCUUUACAGUCUGUUUUGACUUAUCGUGCAACUCAGCCUUCAACAUCAGCUUUAACUACUAAUGUUUCAAGGUCAACUGUUAGUACUAAUGCAAUCAGCCCAAUACUUACAAGUCAAACUAAUUUAAGGACUUCACAAGAACUUGAAACAGUUAUUGCACCAAGGUUAAAUGGUCCAAUUCAAGAAAACCCUUUGUCUCAACUUUUACCAAGUUUUUCAAGAAAUAACUUAAACCAAUUUGAGGUUGACAGAAAAACUCUCCUACUCUCGCUGGAUUCAGAACAACAGCUCUUAAUAGACAGGUCUAACCUUGUUGCAGAUGCAUUUGAGCAAUACCAAGAUACUUCUAUUUUAGACUGUAAAGUUUUCAUAAAAUUUUUGGAUGAAGAAGGUCAUGACCUUGAUGGCUUGACUAAAGAAUUUUUUUCCUCAUUUUGGAUAAAAUUUUCAGAACAAUACUUAAAAGGAGAAAAUCAAAAGUAUUUUACUGUUCAACCCGAACCUGUGCUAACAGAUGCUCAGCUAAAGGCAGUUGGCAUGAUUCUUGUGCAUGGCUUUUUGUUGACAGGAUAUUUGCCAUUGAUGAUUAACAAUAGUCAGUUGUUCAUUAUCUUGUCUGGCAAAGAACCAUCAUCUGAAUCCAUGGCAACAUCAUUCUUGUCUGUUAUAGGUGAAACAAACAAACAGCUCAUUUUAAAGGCAAAGCAAAUGAGUUGCUAUGAUAACUCACUAGAGAUGUCUCUGGUUAGACUACUCUUAAUGUACGAAAGUACGUAUUUACCUUCCCCCAGCACAAUUGAUAAUUGUAUCAAAAAUAUUUCUAAGUAUAUGAUGGUUAAAAAGCCAUACUUCGCAUUGCAAAAGAUGAGUUUAGGGUUAACGGGAGAAGUGAAAGAGUUCCUAACCAAUUUAACUGAAGACCUCUUGUUGCAGUACCGUGAAAAAUUGAUUCCAUCUGGUGCGGCUAUUCUAUCUAAGUUGUCACCACGAUAUAGUGAUGAUGACGAUUUAAAAUUACAGGAAGAAACUGUAUUUGAUUUUUUACACAUGUAUGUGGAAACCUUGGAUUCCACUAAAGCUGGUCAUUUCUUGAAGUUUGUGACUGGUUUUGAGGUGGUGUACGAUACAAUGUAUGUCGAUUUUAAUGGAGAAGAAAGUUUGCAUAAAAUGAUUCCUACUGCACACACAUGCACCUCGAUAUUGCAUUUAUCAAGAUUUUUUUUAUGUUAUGAAAGCUUUGUAGAGGCAAUGGAACUUGCUUUAGGAAGCCAGAUUAGCUGGGGGUUUUCUAUGAUUUAGCUGUAUAGUUUAAUUUGUUUUUAAAGUUUAAUAUUAUUCAGUUAUUUCACUAGAAAACUUUAACAGUACCAAAAUAGUAGUACUCAUUUGAUUCUCCAAGCUCAACGAAUAGUUAAAUUCAGGGCUUAUAGUACUAAAAGAGGUUUAAUCUUUACCUAUUUCAGACUUCUUUUUGUACAUAUUUUUAAAAGAUUUUGUCUAUUUUUUAUAGUAUAUAUAUAUAUAUAUAUAUAUAUUUAAAAAGAUCUUGUCUAUUUUUUGUUGCAUUUUGUAUAUAUUUUUAUAAAAAGAUUUUGUUUUUUUUAUUGCAUUUUGUAAAUUUUUUAAGAACGUAUUUUUACAAACAUUCUGUAUAUUUUUUAUUGCAAAACAUAAUAAUGUAUUUGAAUUUUUUUUUUUUUUUUUUGGUCAAGUCAACAGCUGAUUUGAGAAAUAGAGUUGCUUUAUGUAAAAUGUACUUUAUUGUCAAAAAGUGAAGGUUUUCACAAAAUUAUGAAAUAAAGUUAUGAGAAAUACCAACACAUUAGUUUUAAAGAAAGAUUUAGCACAAAAUUUAUUUAGUGUUAGAUUGAAACAGCUUUUUCUGAAAUACAAUUUUAUUCUCUAAGAAUAAGGUUUUUGUAUUAAAAUUAGAUGGUUACAAUCUGCUUUUAUUUUUUUAGAUUAUAUUUAAGUAUAUACAUUAUGCAAAAUCGUUUAGAGAGAUCUGGGGUUGCAUCUGUUCAAAAUGUAUUGGAAUUUAUUCAUAAUGGACUUCAACAGAUAAAAAGGAUUACAGAUGAUGAAAAUAUUACAGAUGCUAAUGCAAACGCAAGUCGAAAACACCUUGAUGACAUACAAAGAAAUCUAACAAGAUUAAAUUCUGUCAUUAGCAACGAUGUAUACUUGCAAAUAUCAUCAGAAAUAGAAGUUGUGAGACAUAAAGUGGAUUUAAAGAGCAUACAAGGUAACAAUUCAAAAGAAGUUGAAAAAAUGCCCAGAAAAAAAAUAACAAAAAAAAGGGCAAUGCAUUUUGUGACAUUAAAAAGGAAAAUGUUAUCCAUUUUUUGUCACUUGGUUUUACCGUAAAGUCAAUUGCAGAGAAGGGACUACUUGGUGGAAAAGUGCAUCCAAACACCUUGCAUAACUUCAUCCGUAACAACCAUAUACAGACACCAAGACAACAUUACUCUGACAUAACUGAUGAUGAUUUGUCUUCAAAGUUGCAUGAUUUGUCUUCCCGAUUUCCUAAUUCUGGUGUUCAGGAAAUGUUAGCUCUCUUGAGGUCUGAAGAUCCCCCUGUCAUUGUUCAGAGAAGAAGAGUUACAGAACUUCUGUCCAAAAUUGAUUCAGUUGGCACUGCCAGAAGAUGGGCACAGACAAUUUCUAGAAGAAAGUAUAGUGUUCCGACUCCAAAUUCACUUUGGCAUAUUGAUACAUGCCAUGCGCUUAUUAUGUAAGUAACACUAUUUUACAAUUGUUUUAUAUUCUAAUUAAAAAUAAAUGAUACCCUUUUUUGAAUUGCUUUAAAGUUAAAUAUAAAUUUUUAUACUUUUUACAGUUGGAACUUUGUAAUUGAUGGCUGCAUUGAUGGGUAUUCAAGACUGAUACCAUAUCUCACUAUUAACACUGAUAAUCUAGCUACAUCAGCUUUUAACGAUUUCUUGACAGGUGCUCUUAAUUAUGGUAUUCCAAGUCGUGUACGGGCAGAUAUAAAAAGAAUCUCGCCGAAGUGUGGACUUUUGGACUCUUUUUAGUCGAAAUUUACGGUGAAAGAAAGAUUGAUAUUAGGGGAUGGGUGCGUAGGAAUAAUUUACUCUUCCUAUUGUUAUUGCCUCGCGGUAGCCGGUCUGUUUAAUGGGUUCGGCCAGCUUCGGCCAACUGCAAUUCUGAAGUUCUUUCUGAUCCAACAUGUCUUCUGAUGGGAGCUUGCGGGAUCGGGUUGUGCUUGCUGUAAAAAGCAAUGAUAUUUGCGAAUGUAAAAGUCUUUAUAAGAUAUUGAAAGAUAAAAUAACAGAGUUUCCUGAUUUUGGAACAUUAGAUCAUUGGAGAAAGAUUGAGAAAAAGUUGUUAAGCAGAAAUUUCAGUGUUGAACAUUUUAUUCCUGGGUAUGCAAAAGAGAAAGCAUUCGUCGCUUUGAGAUAACUAUCUAUUUUUACUUUUGUUGAUAAUCCCUAAGGAAUGUUUAAAAAUAAAUUAAUUGUAUUGUGGUGACAAAGCGCUAUUAAGCUUUUAAACAAUAAACAAAAGGGGGUUCACUACAAUAAACAAAAAGUUUCUAUUUGGGUCAUCGAGACUAUUUAAUGACAAUAAUAGAGCCAGCUGUUAUUCUUGUUGUAGAUUUGCAGUAGAGUGAAGUGAACAAAUUUUUUAUGUUCACUUUUGUAGAUCUGAAGCUUCUGGAAAUUGUUUAUACAGUUCAGCAUUCUUGUGUUUGUGAAGUAACAAUAUGUUGGUGGACUUGCUACGACUUCUGGUAUCGUUGGAACUUUUUCUCUUCCCAAAUUUUUAUUCCAAUCAUCCUCUAUUUUCUUCCAUCUUUCAAGAGCAGAGAGGUUCUUUCAGUUCUCUGAAAAAUAUUCUAUUUUUCUGUGUUUCCCAUGUUGCUUGUGACAGCAAUAAAGAGGGGGAAGAGCUUAUAAAAGAGGAAGCUGUCUUAAAUUUAAAUGACAAAAACUGGUCAAGUUUCCUUUGCCUUUUAGCUUUGUCCCCAGUUACAGGGAGAAUUAUAUUCUCAUAUUACCCUGAUAUUGGAGAGGAAAAGUUUAAGGUUUGUAUGAACCAAAAAAUAAUUCCCCGUAAGCAUGUUUCAAUGAAGGCUGAUCUACACAUAAUGUUUUGUUAUGAAGGCCUUAUGUUAUCUUCAAAAUUUCAGUCCAACCAUUUCGUGCCUCUCGUUCAUUCUUCUUUAAAACGAAAGACUGAUCAAUCACUUAAAUUAUGUUUUCCUAAAAAAGUAUUUACUGACGGUAAUAUGUGUGUAGGUGGUAAAUUACAGACAAAACUUAAUUUCUUAACAAAACCUAUAGUUAAAACAUAUGAAUCACCUGCUAUAACUUCCAGUAUUAGCACAAUUUCCAAAAAUUGUUCCACUGUUGAUAGUACAGAACCUGAAAUGGUUUAUGUUUGUGAAAAUGAUGUUGGAUCUUUUUGAAAAAAAGUUGCUAAAUUAAAGGAAAGUGAUAUUCGUAAACUUAUUACAAAUUUAUUCAUUCCAGAUAACACUUACAAUUUCCCUGUCAGUAACAGGAAAUUUCAGUAUAAAUGGCUUUCUGAUUUUUCAUGGCUGGCAUAUUCGCCUACUAUGGAUGGUGCAUUUUGUCUUCCUUGUGUCCUAUUUGGAGACAGAUUUCCCAGUAAAUCUUAUAAGGUCACCAAACUUUUUUCUGAACCUCAAAAACAUUGGCCAGAUGCAGUACCUUCUUUUAAACGUCAUUGUUCGUCUAAGCAGGGUUUACAUGUAAAUACUUCUCUUCUCUUCAAUUCUUUUAUUGAUAAUAUGUCUGGGGCAAGGCCAUCAAUUGACACAUUGAUUGACCAAAAUUUACAGAAAAGUAUUAACGAUAACAGGCAAAAACUGAUUCCAAUCAUUGAUACAAUUAUUUUGUGUGGGCGAAUUGGCAUAGCUUUGCGUGGCCACAGAGAUGGUCCUGAUUCACAACCAAAAAUAGGGGAAUACUCGCAAGGGGGGGCUGGAAAUUUUCGUGAAAUUUUAAACUUUAGGGUACGUGCAGGAGACAAUGUAUUAAAAGAACAUUUACAAUCUGCCAGUAAGAAUGCUACAUACAUCUCGAAAAGAUGUACUGGUUUUGACAAUUGAUCAAUUUGACUCAUUUCAUGACAGAUUCAUUUUGUUCAUGGUUGGUUAUAUUACCUGAUGUGCAAGCUGGAAGAAAGAAGAAAGAAGAUUUUGAAUGAAGAAAGAAGAUUUUUACUGGAUUAUUAAUUUAAUCCUCUAAUCUUUAAAAAAUGUUAUUUUUGGAUUUCAUUUAUCUGGAUGUGAAUCUGGAAGAAAGAAGAAAUUUUGCUGGCUGGCUAAUUUUAGCCUUAAUUUUUCUGAAAACAUUAUUUGGCUUUUAUUUAUGAAUUUUAUGGUUGUUUUUUUUUCCAAUAACAUAUAAGAAAUGGACAUGUGAAGGUCCUGUCUGCUGCAUUUUUGAGUGCUGAAAUAGAUAAAUAAGCUAAAGCUUCUGGGGCUUCGCCCCAGACCCCCAGCUGUUUUAUCACGCGCAAUUUUUGCUACGCAAAAAUUUCGCGUG